CGUUACCCUUGUUCAACUUAGGUUAUUGAUCGGAGUGCCAUCCUUCCACAGAGGGAUGACACCCUGAUAGGCAGUGUGCAAUCUAUUUUAUUGCCACAACCCUUUGGUUUGUGACUAGAGGCUCAAAAACGGAACGGUAGGAUCUUUCAAAGAAGCUUCCAUCAUGGCAACUCUCCAAAGAGCCGGAUUUUAAGACUUUUUUAAAAAGCGCAAAUACUUUUUACGUCAAUUGACCUUCGAGCCACAAAAUUUCAUUUAAUUUACAGCUGCACCAAUAUGUGGAGGAGCUGGAGGUGCUAUCAAUCCAAGGGUUGAAAAUCUUAGUGGCAAGUGAAAACCUACAUUCCUGUUUAUAAUUUAUCUUUUUACUGAUUUGCAUGUUUUUGGCUCUUAAACAUCAGUAGUUCGAUGCAUUCACAGGGACAUUAUUAGAAAAAACAAGGCUUUAGGAGAAUCACUUUUGACUCAGAAUUAAUAGAAACUCGUGGUGACUACUGAAAGGACAAAAGCCCAAAUUUCCCACCCCUGUUCUUAACCUACAGCUAAUAGUAAGUUAGUAACUCAUUUUCUAACAACUUCAAGGCAGCUUCUAAUGGUUAUGUUUGGGUAUGUGCCAAGGUUAAAAUAACAGUAUGUGCUUCAAUAUCCUUUUCAGUCGUUCACAGUCUCAAAAAGUGUUUAAGUGUAUAACGAAUAUUACAUUUUAUUUGGUUUUUUUCUACAGUUCCUGUAGGUGAAACACUGAACAUGACGGUGAACAUAUCAUUUAAAAUUCAAAAGUCUAGUUACCUUUACCUUAGUAAAGACUCUCCUGUUAUUCGCCUGAUCAAGCUUCGCAAAGGAGAAGGUGGUAGUGGAACCUGUUACCAUGAGGUGCCUGGGUGCAAAGAAAAGUAUGGUCUGAGACAUUCAGGACAUAAAACUAUUACUAUCACAUUAAAUGAGGUAACUAAGCCAAUGGAGGGCUUUUACAGGUUAUAUCUGUACUGCGUAGGAUUUUACCACCAUUGUACAACAGACCAACUAUUAAAGAGUUUCAUGGUGAUUAUUGCAGGUAAACUUUAAUUUACUUGAUGUCAGAAUAUUCUGAUUACCUCUUGUAUUGUUUUAAAUAAAAUACCUCAGGAUUUGUUUCUAUCUCAGUCAGCCAAGGGUACAUAUCUAAAGAUCAUCCUUGUCUGCAUAAAGUUAUUUAUUGAAUACUUCAAAAUUAUAUUUAUGAGCUCUACAACCAAGUAAAUUGUGGCUCAUAUCCAGCAGUGAAGAAAAAAAUAUAUUUAUAAUUAGAAUAAGGAAUUUAUGUUAUAAAAAUUACUUUUCGUUGCUUAAGGUUUUAGGACAAUUUUAUAUGGUAGAAUCAUGUUGUGGACCACAAUGAGAACUACUGGUUCUACCGGUAAUUGUGUUAUCCAAUAAAGUCAUUAUUAUUAUUAUUAUUAUUAUUAUUAUUGUCUUCCAACUUGACUUUUUGUAUCUAUUUGCUUAAAAGGUGAGUUUGUAACUUUUUUCAUUUGUAUAAACAAUGACACAAAAUUGCUGUUUUAUUAUUGCAGAUAAGCCAAAGCCAACAAAGGUGACAACUACUGAGACAGACUCUGGCCCCACAGAACAGGUUUCUUUAGGUAAAAAGGUGUAUCUAAUGAGGAAAUGCUUGAGCAGAAUAAUAAUUGCCUGCAUGUAGCUAUUUAUUGAAUACUUCAAAAUGGUAUUUAUGAGCUUUGUAAGUGUGGCCUAGACAGUGGCCUGAGAUAUUAAAGCAGAGUUAAAUUGAGUGAUGCUUUUUUAUCAUCGCAGACAAGCCAGAACCAACAAAGGUGACAACUGUUGAGACAGACUCAAGCCCCACAGAACAGGUUUCUUCAGGUAAUAAGGUGUAUGUUAUGAGGAAAUGCUCGAGCAGAAUACUAAUUAACUUAGUGUCUUAACCAUGAAAGCUUUUCCUGUGAGACAAAUUGGCAAGCUGUUAAUUAUAAAGUUUUUCUUUCUUUAACUUGCUCUAAAUGUAAAAUGACAACAAAAGCCACAUAAUUAUAAUAUAAAUAUGAAUCAAUUCCACUCAAUGCCUUGACUGACUGUAGGUUUCACUGCAGUAAGACUCUCAUAAAGCUUGUGUGACUCUUUUUCCUCCUUUUUUUUACUUAAUUAGCAUGCAUGCUGCAGACUUCCCAUUUUCAUUAUUGCAGGAAAACCAAAUGCUACACAGGCUUCAGCCAUUACAGGUUCAGGCUCCAAGGAACCAGUUUCUGAAGGUAAAAAGGCAUCAUUUAUGCAACUGGAAUGAAAAACUAAUGAUUAAAUUUAGGUAUCUAAUGGUUAACAAGAAGAUGGAGUGUGAAGCUUAAGCCCCAUUACAUUGGGUAUAAAAUUAAUUCAGUUCAUCGGAAAAUCAAUUUACACAUUUAGUUUCACUUAGUUUACUACUAAGCUACUCUUAAACAUGAGGUGGCUACAUGUAUAUCAUAAAUUGAUAUACACUCAAGUACUGUAUUUUUUUUUUUUUAAAUAGACAUAAAGCAUGUCAAAUUUUGGGUUCUUGUAUUCAAGAUAUUUAAAAGUCUCAUGGAUGAUGCUUUUAAAUUGGAAAAUAUACUGAUCAGUUUGUCACUCACUCAGUCAGUCAGUUAAUCAACACAUGCAUGAAGUAUAUAAUGCUUAUUAAUUUAGCUCAAAGUUCAUCUGGAAUGCAUUACUUUCAUGUGAAUCUCUGUAAAUAUAUCUUAAUAAGUUAACCAAGUUGAACACACAGUAACCUAUAAAAUCUUAAUUUUUUACUUUUUCUAAAUUAUUAAUUGUACUUGUCAUUCUUUAAUUUUCCUCUUCUUUUUCUUUUGUGAGUACAGGAAACACAGAUCAUGAAGUCAUCAUAGGGGCUGUUUUUGUUACAACCAUAGUUGCCAUCCUGAUUAUAUUUUCAGUGGUUGUUUAUGUGCAACCUCAUCUCAGGGUGCGCGUAUUAAGAUUGUGUCAGAAUGCAUGUACUAGAAGACAGACUGACUCAUCCUAAGUAAACUGUUCACAUUGAAUGUCUUGUAUGGGUGUACAGAUAAUAAGUUUUUCCUUUCAUGGGAAAUGUAUAUGUGAGUUUAUUCUUUUAUUUUGCUUACACAAAGGUACUUGAAAAUCUUUUGUACUGUGUACCUUGUGAUAAGUAGCCCAUAAAAAUCACACUUAGCAUCUAUGAGUAAACACCCACCUUUUAGUUUGAGAACACUUAAGCUAUUGACUGUUUGCAUGAAUCUUUUAAUUAAGACAGUUUUCUUUGUUGCUUUUUAUGUUUUCAUUACAAUUUGAGUUGUAAUUAAGUUAGAUUUGUUUUUACAUGCUUUUAUCUUAAAUUUCAAAAGUUUUCACUUUGAUUAAUGGGAAUUCAUUGUAUUAUUAUUUCAGUUUAAGGUCGUUUUUGAGCUACUUGGUUGUUAACCAUCACUUUGGUUUUUGUGAUUGCAAACCAGAAACUAGCCCCAAACACCUUGGUAGGCACAUGCCCAAAGCGAAGCCUUGCUUGAAUUUUGUGUCAGUUGCUGCAAGUGUAACACUUGCAUCUCAACAAAAAGCAAACAGUUCACUCCAUGAAAGCGUCUUGCAUUGUGUGAUGCAAGAGGAUCCUGUUAAGAAUUUGAACACAUUAUAAGGAAUAAUAUUGGGAACAAAAUAUUGUCAAUUUACAAAAAUAUUUCAAAAUAUGAACAUUUUACAUUUUAAAUCAAGAGAACUAACUCAUAUCUUGCAUGUCUGUCAAGGUUUCCUGUGAGCUUGGGAUACCUGUGUUUAAGGUUUUCUUUUGUCAUUUUAGAUCAUUGAGCACAUCACUCAAGGUUGUUUUAGGUUAUUUUAGAAAUAACUUUAGAUCAUUUUAGGUCAUUCUACUAACAAUAAAGGGGAGAGCAGAAAAGUAAUUGACUGCCUGAAUCUUUUAAUUUAAAGUACAAUUGUACUCAAGUCAUAGUUGACUGUACUGAGGUUAAAUGUCAAAUACUAAGCAGCUUGCCAUUGAAUAGAGAACUUUUCAGUGCAUACAGAAAUCACACAACUUUGAAAGGUUUGAUUGGUACUUCUCCUGGUGGAGCAGUGACAUUCAAAUUCAACUGUGUACAGGUUCAAUCUCUGAUCGAGAAAUUGUCAGGCGUGGAUUUUUAAAUCUACCAUUUGAUGACAAGACUCCACUAUGGCAGAUAAGGGAUUCACAAUUCAGGAUUUGUUGCCUUUGGGAGUUAGUUUAAACUUGCCACCCUUUCUUGUAACAUCUUCACAUGUGGCUGCAGAAGAUGUGUUAAAAAAACAGGAAAUUGGAAGUUUAAGUUUACAUGUAAAUGUGUCAUCAACAAGAUUAAGAAUUUUCAAAUGAAUAAAGGGGCAAGUUUCUAAAGAAACUGGUGCUGCAUCAGUGGGAGAGUAUAGCAGGUAAUUUAGUGUUAAGAAUUGAGUUGAAAAUGUAAAUUAGCCACCGCAAAGGGUAAAAAAGCUGAUGUUUCGAGCGUUAGCCUUUCGUCAGAGUGAUGGAAUCAACUCAGUUAACACUAAAUUACCCUCUAAGAAUUUUCAAAUCUGGGACAGAGUUGUUCCACUAUAUCAAAUGGGAAUUGUAAACCAGAUGUGGGCAGUGUGUGCAUUCUGUUGUAAUGCACAAUCUAACAUAAUAUCAAUGUGACUAUCAUACUCAAGUGAAGCAUUAAUUAAUUGUUUAUUCCAUAAAUUGCCAACAAAUCUCUUCUCUCCCUAGACUGUAAGGGACUAUAAAUUGGGCAUUAAGAUAACGACAAUAUUUUCCCCACUGUUCCAACUAUUUAUUGUAAUUGAGAGACAUCUUUUGUAUUUGUAUAGACC